AUGCCGGGAGAAGAGAGGAGAGAAUUCGCAGAGGAGGAGGAGGUGGGGAUGAGGGAGGGUAAUGUCCGGCUGGCCCUGGCUGGCCCUUGGCCGGCGCAACGUCCUGGCUCUGCGCGCUCUCGAAGCGAAGGUUGCGGGAAGUCGACUGGGCAGCACGCAACCGCCCAAGCUUUCGAAUUCAAAGACUUUGUCUCGGCCGUGACCUGCCUUGCGGAGGGGUCGAGUGGCAGGCUUGAGAGAGAAGGAUGGAGCAGGAGGAACAUAACAACAAGAGAAGAAGCAGGAGCGCUGAGGAGCCUACCAGGACCAAUGGGGGCCGCGAUGGACCUGCAAUCUGAAGGGAUGACAGUAACAUGA